GGUCUUUAGUGGUCAUGUUCUGGGUUACUCUGCCACUCAGUUCAGCAUGAGUCACGCUCCAGACUGUAGGGAGAGUGUUAACAGGGCUGAAUUUCCGGGGUGUGUUUUUUGAAGGACAUCCUGAAGUGGUCUUUGGCUUGUUUAGAGGAAACGCUUAAAGGUUCGAGGGCCUUUCUUUCAGAGAGGGUUCCAGGCGUAACCAUGUCACCAUCUUAGGAGCUUCUGGGACUUUUCUUCGGUGCUUAUCAGAGGUCUUUUUGUUUCAAGUUGUGUUGCUGUUGAUCCAAGUGUGCUCCACAAGUCCUGAUGAGUGAAGGAAGAAGGGGCGUUUCGAUCGCCCCCAGGUGGCUGGAUCAUAAACCCCGCCCUAUCCAUGUGGGACAGGGCGUGAGACAAAAUAAACAAUCAAAUUAUGCUUCAAAUAUAUUUUUUCCGAAGAAGGUUUCUGUCAUUUUAUUUUUCUGUCAUUCAUUGUUUUUAAUCACGCUCAUGGAAGUUCAAGUGUUUGUUAUUGAAAUAAGUUUGAUUUCGAUAAGUUUGAUUUGAUAAGUUUGAAUAAGUUUGAGCGAAGGAGUCACUGAGGCACUAAUAGACAUUUUUCAGGAUCUUCGGGAUGAGAUUGGAGCUUUAACUUUAAUUUCUACGUGUGAACUGUUUAUUUCACACUGACAUAAUGAGUUGAAAAAGUUCUGGGGCGUGUGCUUGCGCUUGAUUCUGCGGGAGUGUGGGUGGGGCCUUGAUACCGCGGCUCCACUUCACUUUCAUUACUGUGUGGUUGCGAGCCCGGAGCCGCGCGGUAGUGAAAGUGAAGUGGAGCCCCGGGCUCCAAGAUGUCAGCGCCAUAUUGGAACAUUGGCGGUUUCAAAAGAACGUGAAGGUUCUUCGUCCUUUUUUUAAUUUUUAUUUUUAACAGUCUAGGUGUUGAAUGGAAUUCGGUAGUGAAAAUAAAUGGCAGAGCACAACGCCACCAGCCGUACUCUUUUGAUUCACGAUUUUUGUCUGUGACUGCAAAAUCAGGCCCGAAAGUACAGUGUGAAGAUUGCUUAGUCAUUGCAGCCUUGCAUUACAUAGACAAAGUAAGAACUAACCAGAACUAGUGGUACUAUUUGCAAAGGGUGCUUGGCCCCCACAGAUCUCUGCUUGUGGCUGUACGAUUUAUCUAUCUAUUUAUUUAUUUAUUUAAAAAAAAAAUUUUCUUUCACAACGAAAUAAAACCUGUCGUACUCGGCUGAAAUGUCCUUUAAGUUCUCGUCAUUCAUAGAGGACGUUAUGGUUGAAGUUUACACACUUUCCUUCGGUGACCUGGAUUUGUUGAAACCAUUUGAUAAACAAAGAUGUGGUCCUGUAAAACAUGUCAUGGUUUAGCAUUUGACUCUGAAGAGUCACAUUUAAUAGUAGUAAUAAAUAAUAUUGAUGAUGACGACGUUGAUGAUGAGUUGUUAAUAAUUGUUACGUCUUUAUUAAAAUGCAGCUCAGAGUGCCUUAUGGUGGGAGGUAAAGAAAGUGCAAACGUUAUCGUAAAAUAAAUUAAAAAACGUAAGUGAAGAAAAUUAGUCAAAUAGGAUGAUCAUCAUCAGCAUAAUAAUAAUAGCAGUGACUGAAAUAAGACAGCACACUAUGUAAGAUAGUAUAAAAGUAUAAUAAUUAAAAUAAUAUAAAAGUAGUAAGCUGUUCCAGACCGUUAAAGCCUUCACAAUAUUUGCCCGUGAUUUUCGUCACGUGUUCGUCUUUGACCGUCAUUUUUCACUGGCUGUGUCAUUACUUUCUCUGUUAAAGUCACAGUUUAAGGAGAUGUGUGUGAUGUGUUCACUUUUAGACUUCACGUAUCGGUGUAGCAGUUAGACACUUGCCGUGUGGUGUGUGUGUGAGAGAGAGUGUUUCUGUUAGACACUUCAUGGGUGUUCAGUGUCGAUACGUGUAGCGUACACACAUAGUUGGUCCUGAUGAGUCAGUACAUGAGUGCAACUUCCUGUACUAACCUCCUGUUCUUGACGGUAAACAAAGAACGGCACUUUUAAAUAAUGACUUAAGAACUUUGGACAUUUAUAGCGCUGGUUUUGAACUUUCCAUGUCUUUGUCUACACAGUGUUAAAUCAGUAGUCUACAUGGAACCGUAUCGUUCAUCUGAACAAGCCAGACGAAAUGAUUACGAAGUCUUCCUGCUAGUAUUUCAUGUAGUUUAGCACUUUACUGCUACUAGGAUCAUAAAAAUAUCAAUCUCUCCAUGAUUGUGAUACAAACAACAUUAUUAGCUUAAUAUAUGAAACUAGAGAAAACGAGGGAAGGUUUCCUCCGUUAGCGUGACAGAUCAUAACAUCAGCAGUGUACAAAGCAGCACUUUUUCACUUUUAAAUGUGCGUUAUACUCUAUAAAUUAGUUUCGACUGUAGAUCAAUCAAUGAACAUAGAAGGGGAAGAUGGUGGCUUAGUGGGUAGCACAUUUGCCUCGUACCUCCGGUGUUGGGGCUUCGAUGCCCGUCUCCGCGUCCUGUGUGUGCGGAGUUUGCAUGUUCUCUCCGUGCUUUUUUGUGAGUUUCCUCCGGAUACUCUGGUUUCCUCCCCAGUACAAAAACAUGCGUUGUUGGCUGAUUGAGUGUGCACUUGUGCCCUGCACCUUCUGGCACCCUGUCUACGGUGUCUCCCGCCUUGUGCCCCGAGUCCCUUGGGCUAGGCUCCAGGCUCCCUUUGACCCUGUGUUGGAUAAAGCGCUACUGAAACUGGAUGGAUGGGAUGAACUUACAGACGCUAUCUUAGCUUCGUAGUAGCCAUCACUUUCUGAGAUUUUAAUCAAAAUUUAAAAAAAUAAAGUUUUGUUAUUUGCUGCUAGUGAGCAUAUCUUGUAAUACCUUCUAAGACCACCAAUUUUUGCAAUUGCGGUUUUUAUCUGUGACUGCAAAAUCAGGCCAAAAAUUAUACAGUGUAAAGAUUGCUUAGUCAUUGCAGACUUGCAUUACAUAGACAAGUAAGAACUCGCCACUAGUGGUGCUAUUUGCAAAGGAUGCUUGGCCCCCACAGAUUGCUGCUUGCAGCUGUAUGAAUGUUUUUCUUUGUUUUGUUUUGUCCCCCCGCCCCAGUUAUUUAAAAUCCCAGGGAACUAAACCGGUGAUUGCUUUCUAAUUAUGUUGGUCUUGUCUACAAUAUAUAGCCUCAAUUGGAAACACUGUGACCUUCCAACUUGUAUCUGUAUUUCACCGGAGUGAUUUCCCCUGUUGAUAUAAAAUCGACAGGGGGUAAAGAUUGUGUAUAUUGUUCUCUUGCAAAUCACAAACCAUGAAUCAUGAAUCACAAACCAUGGCAACCAAGCAAGCAAAAGGAAACGGUUCUCAAAUCAUCAGAUCAGAUCAGAUCAGCAGAUUCAGAGAUGCUAUGAGCACAAGCAGUACAGAAAUGGGCUGAAGUUCUGCAAGCAGAUUUUGUCCAACCCCAAGUUUUCUGAGCAUGGAGAGACGUUGGCGAUGAAGGGGCUGACACUCAACUGCUUGGGGAAGAAAGAAGAGGCGUACGAACUUGUCCGCCGAGGACUACGAAACGACCUCAAGAGCCAUGUCUGCUGGCACGUGUACGGUUUGCUUCAGCGCUCUGAUAAGAAAUACGACGAGGCCAUUAAGUGCUACAGGAACGCUCUGAAAUGGGACAAAGACAACCUGCAGAUCCUGAGAGACCUUUCCCUGCUGCAGAUCCAAAUGAGGGACCUAGAGGGCUACAGGGAGACCCGGUACCAGCUGCUGCAGUUACGACCAGCCCAGCGGGCAUCAUGGAUUGGUUACGCCAUUGCAUACCACCUGCUGGAGGACUACGAGAUGGCCGCCAAGAUUAUCGAAGAGUUCCGGAAAACACAGCAGCAGACUUCUCCAGAUAAAGUGGAUUAUGAGUACAGUGAGCUGCUGCUCUACCAGAAUCAAGUGCUGAGGGAGGCUGGACUCCUCAAAGAGGCUCUGGAGCACCUCACUACCUACGAGAAACAGAUCUGUGACAAACUGGCGGUGGAAGAGACCAGAGGGGAGCUGCUGCUGAGCCUGGGCCGCUUCGAGGAGGCAGCAGAUGUGUAUAGAAGACUACAGGAGAGAAACCCAGAGAACUGGUCUUAUUACCUUGGCCUGGAAAAAGCCCUCAAACCUGCCACUACAGAGGAGAAGCUGAAGAUCUAUGAGGAGGCCUGGGUGAAGUUCCCGAAAGGCUUGGUGCCUCGCAGGCUACCGCUCAACUUCCUGUCUGGUGAGAAGUUGCGUGAGUGUCUGGAUAAGUAUUUAAGAAUGAACUUUAGCAAAGGCUGCCCUCCGGUCUUCACUACACUCAAACCCCUUUACCAAGACAAAGACAAGGUGGCAAUAAUUGAAGAAUUAGUAGUCGGUUUUGAAACGUCUUUAAAUAGCUGCCGAAUGUUUAAUCAAAAUGAUGAUGGGAAAGAGGAGCCACCUACCACGUUACUCUGGGUGCAGUACUUCCUGGCACAGCACUACAAUCAGAUUGGGCAGCAGACGCUUGCACUAGAGUACAUCAAUGCCGCAAUAGAGAGCACGCCAACACUCAUUGAGCUCUUCCUAGUCAAAGCCAAGAUAUAUAAGCAUGCUGGGAACAUCCGGGAAGCAGCUCGCUGGAUGGAUGAGGCUCAAGCUCUGGACACUGCUGACCGAUUCAUUAACUCCAAAUGCGCCAAGUACUUGCUCAAAGCAGGCCUGGUCAAAGAAGCAGAGGAGAUGUGCUCAAAGUUCACACGGGAGGGGGCGUCAGCAGUAGAGAACCUGAACGAGAUGCAGUGUAUGUGGUUUCAGACAGAGUGUGCGCUGGCGUAUAAAUCUAUGAAGAAAUAUGGAGAUGCACUCAAAAAAUGCCACGAGAUCGAGAGGCACUUUGUGGAGAUAACGGACGAUCAGUUUGACUUCCAUACGUACUGUAUGCGGAAGAUGACGCUUCGCUCGUAUGUGGACCUGUUAAAGCUGGAGGACGUGCUGCGCAUGCACCCGUUCUACUACAAAGCUGCAAGCACCGCCAUCCAAAUCUACCUCAACCUGCAUGAUAACCCUCUCACCGACGAUAGCAAGGAGCUACAGGCUGAUACCGGGAACCUUACGGACAAAGAGCUGAAGAAGCUGCGGAACAAGCAGCGGCGAGCGCAGAAGAAGGCUCAGCUGGAGGAAGAGAAGAAGAAUGCUGAGAAAGAGAAGCAGCUCAAGAACCAGAAGAAGAAGAAAGAGGAUGAUGACGAGGAAAUCGGAGGCCCCAAAGAGGAACUUAUACCAGAAAAGCUGGCUAAGGUGGAAAACCCGUUAGAUGAGGCUGUGAAGUUCCUGAUACCUUUAAAAACCCUGGUGAAGAACAAGAUUGAGACUCACCUCCUGGCCUUUGAGAUCUACUUCAGAAAAGACAAGUUCUUGUUGAUGCUGCAGUCAGUGAAGAGGGCUUAUGCUAUAGAUCCAGAUCACCCCUGGCUUCACCAGUGUCUAGUGCGCUUCUUCAAAAGAGUAUCGGAGGCAAAAGACGUGGCAGAUCCAGUCCGCACAGUUCUCAAGCAAGAAAUCUCUCGGUUGUUCGGUGACAGCAAUGCCAAGAGCUUCAACCAGGCCUUCCUCAGCAAGCACUCGAACUCAAUCCCUCACCGAUUAGCAGCUGCCAAGGGCAUGUUCUACUUAGACCCUUCGACACAGAAGAAGGCGGUGGAGCUUGCUGCAGCACUGGAUGAAUCACUUAAUAACAGAAGCAUUCAGACCUGUACAGAUGUGUUGCAGAGCCUGCGUGAUGGCAACCUUGGAGAAGCCACGGAGACUGCCGAGUCGUACCGGGCAGAGUGUCACAAGAUCUACCCGUACACGCUGGCCUUCAUGCCUCCCGGCUACGAGGAAAACACGAAGAUUGCCGUGAACGGGGACCUCUCCACGGAAACCGAGGAGCUAGCCAAUGACAUGUGAACACCUGAAAGGGGGUGGGGCUAAGGGAUGAGGGGGUCUGGGGCGGAGAAGAAGGAGGGGUGACUGCGCCAUUUUUCAAACACCCAAGAUGACAUGUUGCUGAACUUCGCACGUCCUCUCCACCCCCUGAAAUCGAGAUCAGGACAGAGAGGCCACGAGGGCGUCUGUGGAGAGGAGGACGAGAGGGGAGGGAGGGGGGAGGAGAAAAGGAGGAGGAAGAAUAAAAUGGCCAUUUUACUUUUUUUAACCUUGCUGAUGACUACUCUCUAACUGAAAACUAGACGACACGCAAAACGCUCUGUUGUGAAUCGUGUCUGAAGGCAGCGAGCUACAAAGUGUGGGUUAAAUUAACUGCAAAAACAAAAGGUGAAUCCCGUAGUCAACCAACCGAGCUCACUCAAACCCAUCUUUCCCCCUCUGUUUUAAAGAGUAAUUUAUAUGAAAAAAUAAAAACAGCAUAAAACGAGUUUUGGAGCGCGGAGUUGGUUUUGUGUUGGCGUGAUGAUGAUGAUGGCACUGAGAAGUCUGUUGUUGUAAUGAGGAACGGGUUUGGCAUGUGGGGGUGGGUUAGAACCAAGGGGGCGGAGUCUGAGAGUAUGCUGCUUCUUUUUUUUUCCCUUUUUCUUUUUUUUUUUUAAAUGCUGAUGUGACUCAUAUGUCAUCUUUUAUACUUCGUUAUCAGUGAGGUUUGGCUGAAGGGAGCUAAUUUGAAGGUAGUUUCUAUGACCUUAAAAUCAGAAUCUCAAUCAGCAAGUGUUCCGUUAUUCAUUUAAAGUGAUUAGAACAGCAGCGGUGAUAGAGCAUAAUCAGCAACCUUGUGAAAUCUUAAAGGUAAAUCUGCUUUCUUCUCUCUUGCUUUGAUUGCUCUCCUUAAAGGGAUACUCCAGCAUUUUCGACCCAUCAGCCACAUCAGUAGGGCAUGUUCGAUUGCCAUGGACAAGAAGUUCAACGUUUAUAUGCAGAAUGGAAAACCUGUUGACUCAAAACUCAAGCAUUUGAGCAGUUGUUAAAUUCACUCAGUAAUUCAGAGGUGCCCGCGUUUGUGGUUUAGCCAUAGAUUUUUAACUCCUUGCUAUGGUGAUACUGGAGAUUAUUCACUGAAAUCUGUGGGGGGGGGCAGUUAAAGCAGCAGUCAGACAAAAGCAGAUAAAAUUCAUCCAUCGAUAAAGACAAUUCACUGAGGGGAAAGGACUCAAAAAAAUGCAUGGUUGCGGUUAAUUUGCGCCAUCUCUGUCGGUGAACUUUGACCUGUGAAUUCAUGAGCCUCAGUCUUGAAGCCGACAGAAACGAGUACGCAGGACUGUAGUAUCUUCAUUCGGUUAAAAUAAAUAAAUAAAUAAAUAAAGGAGGAGCUGCUUGUUAUUAAGUAGCUAGCACACUAUUUUGCCUUGCUGUUGUCUUCUGGUUGCUUUGUGUACAUUUAAAAAAAAAAAAAAAUAUUAGCCCCCUCAUCCCCUGACUGCUGUUUACCAUGUGACCUGAGAAAAGUUCAUUCAAAACAACAACCUUUACACUUGAGACAGACAUGAGAAUAUAUUUCCAACAUUGGAGCAAUACAAUAAAAUGUCAUUUUGGUUAUUUUAUUAUUUUUUUCCCCCUGAAGGUUUUGUGUGAUCAGAACCACUAACGUGUGGCUGUGGUAACAACUAUGACGUUUUUCUCUGACAGGACAAUUCUACAACAUUCUAGCUUUAUUAACAAACUAAUUUGAACUCAUGAUAGCACUCCACUCAAAUUCUUAACUGAGUUCAGCAACUGCUUAGUCUUUCAUUGCAAGUGAGUUUCAAGUAAAUACGUUCAGAGAAACGUGCUGAAAUUCUUGUUGGUGAUAAUCGCACAUAGUACUGGAGUAUUCCUUUAACACACUCUCUCUUGCCCCUACAUCCUUUUCAAUGUGGAAUGAUGAGUUUGUUGUAUGAUAAUGAUUUUUUGUAAUAAAAAAAAAAAACAACUCAAAGAAUGAAUAACCAUAAA